AUGAGUGAUAUUGGGAGUGUUGAGGAGAUGGAGUGGACAUUUAUAUUAGAUAGACAAAAGGGGUUGGUUGAAACAUUUGUAGAGUUAUACCCUAUAGAUCACAGAUAUUGCCUGAGACAUAUGUAUAAUAACUUCAAGACAAAAUACAGUGGUUGUGUGUUGAGAGACCUGUUCUGGAAAGCUGCAUUAACUGAAAAUGUGCAUGAAUUCAAUUAUUGGAUGAAGAAGAUUGAAGAAGUUGAUCCUAAGACUGGAAAUAGGAAGACAACUGUGGAGUGGUUGAAGGAGACUGGCCCUACUUUGUGGGCAAGGUCAAAUUUUUCUCCAAAGAGCAAACGUGACAUCCUUGUGAACAAUUUGAGUGAGUCAUUCAAUUCUUACAUCCUAGAAGCUAGAGAGCUACCAAUAAUAUCCAUGUUUGAAUGGAUCAGAAGGAAAUUGACGCAAAGGAUUCAAGUUAAAAAGGCUAGAAUGGCAAAAUACAGUGGUGAGAUUUAUCCCAAUAUUCAUGACAAACUUGAGAAGUUGAAGGUGGAAUCAAAGAACUGCUUUGCAACCUGUCAUGCCAUCAGUGCAAUUCAAAUCAAUCAUGAGCUACCAGAAGCUUAUGUGCAUGAGUAUUACAGCAAGUCUAGGUACUUGGAUACUUAUGCAUUCAUGAUACACCCAGUUCCAGACAUGCAUGAGUAUAAUGAAGGUGGCCAGAAAUUGAAUCCAUCAGAAGCAAAAAAUUAG